AUGGACCACGUCUUUACUAUCAAGUCGCUCUAUCACCAGCCAGGGCCGCAGACGUCCAUCAACCUGUACUGGGCCCCGUACAACGACUGGGAUGUCUCCAAGCUCUCGAACAUGAGCCUCGUGCGGUACAGCGACAACUGGAUCGGCCCGACGGACUGGGAAGAGUUGGAUCAGCUCCUCAACGCGACGGGUGGUCUCUCCGAGCCGCUGGCCACGUUCCACGACCGCGUCGGGCCGUACGUCUCGAUCGAUUUAUAUCUUGUGGACGUGCCGUCGUCGGUCAUGACCAUUUAUGUUGCUUUUCAAGCGCUGCUGGGCAACGCCACAGUGCCUACCUCAUCCCUCGUCGUCGCGCCAACGCCCCCGGCAUGGGAGAAGACGCCAUAUGCCUUUAUGGGCGGCAACCCCGCCUGCCUCUCGAUGCCACGCUUCACCCCGUACGUGCAGCAUCCUUUUAGCUACACCGACGACUGCUCAGGGAAUGCGCCGUUCACCAUCAACAUGACAACCCAUGGCAUGCUCUUUGCGCGGCUCUGGGACAGCGCCAACGCCAGUGCGAUCUGCGCCCUUACGGCCGACGCACCUGCCUGCGCUCGGAUCCUCUCGGAGACUGCCACCUCGGCGCCCGACCUCGCGCUGGCGUCUCGGCUCUUGGCAGACGCAGCGACCGACGAUAUGGCGCAUACGAACGCGAGCCUCAUGCAAUUUGCAAUCGAUGGCACUGGAACGUGGCGGCUGCUGCGUCAGCCAUUGAUGGCGCCGCCCUCAGACGCGUGGACGUUCUUUGGCUGGCUCCUCGUGCACGACUGGAUCCUCGGCCGCCGCGAAGUCGUCGCGUUCGAAGGCGACGUCUCGUCCAUCGUCUUGAUCUCGGACGCGUACGAGCCGCUCGUGUAUCCAACGAGCGGCGGCGAUCGGUACAUGGAGGUUGCGACGCGCUACAUUGCCCAUCUCAUUACGACGUCCGUCUUCAAUCGGGUCCUCGUUGCCGUCGUGGUUGUUUGCGUGUGCGUUCUCUCGAGGGGCGCCGUCGAUGGAAGCAGCCUCGCCUUCUUCAGCCGCGUCGUUGGGUCUGUCUGGAGUGGUCGACCUCUCAUCUUCUUGCAGGGCAUGACCGCCAUUGUCAUCUUGAGCACGGCGCAGUUGACGCUUGUCCAGACCGCUGCGAGUGGCGUCACCCAGCUGCGAUUCGCACCGCGACCGCUCUGGCGCACAGCGAUCAUCGCGGGGGAAGCCACGUGGGUCUGUUACGUGCUGCAAGAGGUGCUGCUUGUCGCUGUGGGUGGCGCCGUCACGCGGGCAGCCAAUCCGUACAGCACAGCCUUUGUGUGGGCAACGUUUCUGCUUCUCGACGGUCUCUACCCUGUGGCGGCAAUUGGCACCUUGAGCCGUACGUGCGUCAGCUACGACAUGGACUACCAAGUCGACUGCCGAAGCGGAAACCUUCGCAUUGGUGACAUGCGCCGGGUCCUCUUGCUCGUUUCCAUCGCUGUCGGCGUCCCCCUUGGCAGCAUCGUCCUUGCUCGCUACUGGCGCAAAACGCCGCGCGUAGCACCCGUCUCGUUGGCGCCAUCGACGCAGCUCAAUUUGCACAUGUGUGGCAUCUCCCAAGCACUGCUGACGCUCCGGAUGGCGGAGACAAGUCAUGAUGACAUUGCCUACUUCUUAUCGGGCAUACUGACGUGGACGCUCCGGGAGCAGCGAUACCUCUUUGAUAUCAAGACGUGGAUCUUUGUCGAUCCUGGGCGCAACGCCGCAGCGUCAGAGCCGUGGACCGGACCUUCUUUGGAGCCCCCUGCACCACAAGAGGCAAGUGGCGCGCGACGCAUGAUCGUGUCCGUUGCCGCCCUCGCGUACCUCGGAGCGACGAUUGCUGCGAGCAUUUCGUAUAUUCAAGUGUCGGCGGUGAACCUUGCGAAUGACUUUUACUGGCCCCGCUUCAAUAGCUCGGGCACCCACGUCUUCUUGGCCUCUUGGAUCAAUACCCAGCUCGUCCUCAAUCGAACGCACCAAGGUCCGUUUCAAUUGACUUCGUCCAGCGUCAACCUCUUCAGCGCCUUCAACGCGACGGCAGCAACUGUACCUGCAGUGUUGAAUUACGCCGCCAAGCUCCAACACGACGCCUUUGCCACUCGCCUCGAUGCUAUCGUCGCGGGUCUCCGUGCGCUCGACGGCUGCGACGGGCCCUGGGUCUUUACUCCCUACUGCUACCUUGACCUGGAGAGACGCUGGGAAAUGGCCAACUCGGCCACUCGCCAAGCGCGCUGCAGUGCGAUGACCACGAACGGCGCCAUCUACCUCGAGACGCUCGUUCGCAACGUCGACGCGCCGUCGUGGCGCACGUGCUGGGGCGACGCGUUCGACGUGGCCAUCGGCUCGGAGCUCCGCCAGUCGCAAGCCGGUCGCGCGUGGCUCGGAUCCGCUUAUUUGACGCGGUCUCUUGCGAUAGCCGACGAAGUGACUUAUUGGCAAGAUCACGGUAUCACGUACUAUGACACGCAGUGGCAAAACUACAAGCAGCUCGGUAUGCUCAACAGCUACAGCAUCGUCAACUGCUACGACGCGACGUAUCCCUUGACGCUCCAGGCGCAAAAUGGCUCGUACCGCUUCUCGAGCCAGACGAGCUGGAAGAUGUACUGGGCGCUCGCCAACGACUUGUCGGCGGUCAUGCGCAAUGAGAGUGGUUUGCAUGGUCUGUCUCUACUGCGAUCGAGUGCCCGUUAUGGCUUUGCGAACCAGUCGAUGGAGGCCGUCUUGAUGCAGAGUGGCGAGCUCACUGCGCCGUUCACAGCUGGUUUUGCUUUGGUGUCGGACGUCCUUGGUCCGUUCGGCUCGGUCGACAUGAUCUACGUGAGCGUGCCGAGGCUACUGCAAGAAACAUUUGCAGAUCUUUUGGACGCACUCCGUUCGACGCUUCGCACUGAGCCAAGUGCGCAAGAGCUUUUCAGUCGCAUUGCAGAAACCCAGCGACUCUGGCCCGUGCCACCGGCUUGGUGGGAGGACUUUGCGUAUGUGACGGGGGGCUCCCUUCUCUGUCUGGACGCGCUCCCCCCCGGAUAUUUGGAGGCCGGGCUCACGCGGUUCACGUCGUUUAGCAUGUCGUGCAACGGCGCAGCGCUCUUCCUUGCGCGGCUUCGUCCGUCCCGCGAGCAGUUCGUUUUGGCCACGCUUCUGGCGCAGCUUUCACCCGCGUCCAACGUCUCCGAGAUAUGCGCGAUCGACGUGUACAACGUCGACGCGUGCACAGCGUACAUCGGUCUGGCGAUUUCCAUGCAAGUGGCACAUCCUUCGAUCCUCAUCAGCGCGGCUGCCGUCGCCGCUGCACGCAACGUGGUGGGGAAUGUCUCGUUUGCGAUGUUUGCACAGAGCGACGACGCGUCGCCAGUCGUCUUGGCGACGCUGCCCCUCUUCAACGCCCCCGCAUUUGAUGUGUAUACGUGGCUCUAUCUCUCCGACUGGGUGCUCGGGAAGCGAGAAGUGGUUUCGUUUCAAGGCGACCAGAGCGCGAUUACCGUGCUUCUCGAGCCAGAGAGUCUACUGCAGCAGCCUCCGAAUGCGUGGCAAGUCCUCUCCAACGUAGCGCUCUACACCCGCGCCGGCGUCCUGUACAUUACCUGCGUCCUGCUCGGCGUCGCGGUCGUUGUGACGUGCUACAUCCUCGCGAGCCGCGGCGCGUUCGAGUGGCUCAACAUGUUCGAGCUCAGUCGUGUCGGCGGCAUCGUCUGGGUCGGCCGUCCGCUCUUGCUUCUGCGCGCCACGACGGCCCUCUCGGUGCUCUCGACCGCGACGCUCGAGCUGCUCUACGAACACAACGCCAUUAGCGCGUUCCAGACGGUUCAAAACCCAUGGUACACCACCUUGCUCGCAGCGAGCGAGGUCACGUGGCUCGUCGCCGUCGUCAACGACGUGGCCAUGGCGCUCACGCAGGCCUACACGGCGCACUACGCGACCUUCAACAGCGUCGCCGUGUGGGCGACUGUCGCGCUCCUCUCGUUCGUGUCGCCCGUGACGCACACCGUGUCCUUGCAGCCGGUCUGCGACCUCGUGCAGCUCGACUGGCAGAUUGUGUGUGCGUCCGGUCACAUUGUGAUUGGUCAGUGGUCGCGCUACGUGGCGCUCGUCACGAUCGUCGUGGGCUGGAACGGCGCGAGUUACGUAAGCACGCGGCUGUGGCUGCGACAGCCGCCGCCGACGCACGGUCGGUCUGUCUUUCUCUCGUGCGGCGCCAAGUACCUCUUCGAACACCGCCAGUGGACGCACGGCGGCGUCUACUAUCUGGACCGCGCAUCCGCUGUGCUCACGGGGCUUCUCACGCUGCGCUGGCGGCGACAGCUGUACGUGUUUGACGUCAAGCUCUGGCGCAUCUUUGCGCUGGCCGCUCCAGCCCUUCCAGUCGGUCAUCCUUGGACGAACCGCUUGCAAGAAGGGAUUCCGCUACUAGCGUAG